CUCAUAUGUUCUCUGCUGGUCGAUCUUUUCUCUAGCUUUUAGUGUGUCCUCUCCCUCCGUACGUGCGCGCGUCCUACUUAUAUAUACAUGUUGUUAUUUGUGCUGGUUGGGCGAAGGGUGCCUUGCUGAUCGAUCUUGGGGUCGAGGGUACUAGGUUGGCGAGGUGGCUGCUGUACUGGUGAAGGAGAAUCGAAGAAGGUGUGACUGUGCUUUGAUAGGCCUGAUUCGUCUGUGAUUGGCUCUCCGAGGAGUCGGACUCAUUGGACACACUAGAUUUGGCACGCACGCGGGCCGGCUUCUGUUCUUCCCUGCAUUCUAACGCAGUUACUGGAUCAGUCGAAUAAGAUGGACACUUUCUCCCAUGUCCCGCCUGGAUUUCGUUUCCACCCCACCGACGAGGAACUCGUCGAUUACUACCUGAGGAAGAAGGUGGCGUCGGACAAGAUCGACCUCGACGUCAUAAAAGACGUAGAUCUCUACAAAAUUGAACCUUGGGAUCUCCAAGAGAAGUGCAAGAUCGGGAUGGAGGAGCAGAACGAGUGGUACUUCUUCAGCCACAAGGACAAGAAGUACCCGACGGGCACCCGCACCAACCGGGCGACCACCGCCGGCUUCUGGAAGGCUACGGGGCGGGACAAGCCCAUCUACACCAAAAGCUACCUCGUCGGGAUGAGGAAGACGCUCGUCUUCUACAGGGGCCGCGCGCCCAACGGCCAGAAGUCCAACUGGAUCAUGCACGAGUACCGCCUCGAGACCAACGAGAACGGAGCUACCCCUGAGGAAGGAUGGGUGGUCUGCAGGGUGUUCAAGAAGCGAGUGGCGACGGUGCGGAGAAUGGCCGACGGCUCGCCGUGCUGGUUCGACGACCACGUCGCCGGGUUCAUGCCAGACCUCGGCUCGCCGAGGCAGCUGGUGCACCACCACCACCCGAAUGCCACGGUGGUGUACGGUGGACAGCAGCUAUACCAAUGCAAACAGGAGCUGGAGUACCAUCACCUACUGCUCAGCCAAGAGGCCUUUUUGCAGCAUCUUCCUCAGCUAGAGAGCCCCAAGCCUCCCGCCUACAUUGGCCAUGGGAGCUGCAGCCUCCAGUCCCCCGACGAGGCUUCGAGGUAUAACACGCAGCAACUGCCAAUGGAGGCGGCUUACAUGGCCGCCGGCGACGACUCGGUCACCGACUGGAGGGUUCUCGACAAGUUCGUCGCGUCUCAGCUGUUCAGCCACGGCGACGGCACUCCGAAAGAGUCCAGUUACUCCAAUCCGGCACAGCUGUUUCUUGCUGAGAGCAAGCAGCAGGAAGAGGCCUUGGACUACGCUUCCACGUCUGCCUCUGGCGGAGGCGACGCUGACCUGUGGAAAUAGCUGCUACAAAACGUACACAAAUCCAUUGGAUACCGUAUACAAUUCAUACCACCAAAAUCUGAUUUAGUGUACAAAUAUAGCCGUCUAUACAUGUCAUGGUACAUGAAGAUAUAAAUAUGCAUAAUAAAUAUGUAACCAAAGUGGUUAUAUAUAUUAUUUGACAUCAGGUCUCUGGACCUGAUGUUAAUAAGUAGCUCAAAGCUGAAGCUAAGGAGCUUCAGUAACUGACUUGACAAUUUGUAAAAUAGUCGAGCUGUCGAUGGACGUCUAUUUAUGCAGUCUAUCAUUCAAAACGGCAGCUCUGGUCGCUGCCGUUGCAUCAGCAAUGUUUGUGAAAUUUAUAGAUGUACCUCAAUUCAU